AUGUGGCUUUGCUUCAGAGCGGAGCUGAGCAACCUCUCCUUCCCCCCGUUCCCUCUGGGAUACUUCCACAUGGUCAGGGUGGACAAAGCUCAGCACAUUGGAGCGUUUAAGCCAAGUUUACCAACGUCGUCCAUCACCGAGUCGUCCAGAUAUUUCACCAUCAAGGCGGUUUCACAAGAGAUCAGCCGGCUGACUCAGGCAGCGCUGGACUUUGUCUACGACCUGUUCGAACACGUCCUGAGCCGCAACAAGCAGGACACGCUGAGGACCAGCUCCAAGCACCGGCGGCCCACCGUCAGCUCCCAGUUCAAGAACUCGCUGCACAUGCUGAUGGCGACGCUCGGCACCUCCAACCCAUACUUCAUCCGCUGCAUCAAACCCAACACACACAAGAUGCCUGACCAUUUCGACCAGACGGUGGUUCUGAACCAGCUCAGGUACUCCGGCAUGUUGGAGACGGUCAAGAUCCGGCGCACCGGCUUCCCCGUCCGGAGGCCCUUCCAGGACUUCUGCUCCAGGUACAAGGUGCUGAUGCGGGGCGUGCUGGGGCCCGACGAGCCCCGGGGCCGCUGCGUGCAGCUGCUGCAGCUGUACGACAGCAGCGGGGCCGACUGGCAGCUGGGCAGGACCAAGGUUUUCCUCCGGGAGCCGCUGGAGCACCGGCUGGAGAAGCAGAGGGAGCUGGAGGUGCUGAAGGCCGCCAUGAUCAUCCAGGCUCACGUGGUCGGCUACAUGGCCAGGAAGCAGUACCGGCGGCUGCUGCAGUGCAUCGUGGUCAUCCAGAAGAACUACCGGGCCUUCUACUGGAGGAGGAGGUUCCUGCUGCUGCGCUGGGCGGCGCUCACCUUCCAGAGGCGGCAGCGCGGCCGCCUGGCCCGCCGGGCCUACGGCCGGCUGCUGGAGGAGCGGCGGCGGAGGGAGGAGGAGGAGACGGAGAGAGAGAAACGGCGUCUGGAGGCCGAGCAGCUCGUCAGAGAGGCCGAGGAAGCCAGGAGGCUGGAGGAGCUGCAGCGGGCUGAGGAGCUGGCCUCCCUGGUCCUGGCUGAGUCUCAGCUCCAGGCAGCAGCAGCGGCGGCGGCUGAACCCUCGGAGGAGCCGGGGUCGGCGGCGGCGGCGGCCUCCGAGGAGCCGUCCGAGGAGGAGGAGGCGAUCCGCCCCCACGAGGCGUCGCAGGUGGAGGAGAUCCUGCGGCUGGAGCGGGAGAUCCAGUCGCUGCAGCGGCAGAAGGAGCGGCAGGAGCUGACCCUGACGGAGGCGUCGCUGAACCGCCUGCAGCGCCUGCGCGACCAGGAGCUGCGGCGGCUGGAGGACGAGGCCUGCCGCGCCGCGCAGCAGUUCCUCGACUCGCUCAACUUCGACGAGAUCGACGAGUGCGUGAGGAACAUUGAGAGCUCGCUGGGCGUCGGGGAGGACGAGGGGAAGGAGGAUGGGCGACGGCGGCGGGGCAGCGGCGAGGAGGAGGAGGUGGACGAAGGCUUCGGGGCCGACGACGAGGCCUUCAAGGACUCGCCGCCCACCAGCGAACACGGACACUCGGACGGCCAGCGCACCAGCGGCAUCCGGACCAGCGACGACUCCUCCGAGGAAGACCCGUACGCCAACGACGGCGUGACCCCGCCCACCACCUCGGCGGCCGCGCCGCCGGCCUGCCACAGCGCCUCGUCCAGCGGAGACUCCGCCUACCCGCAGGCCUCGUCGGAGGCGCCGUCCGACGACCUGGUGGAGCUCAUCCCGCCGGACGAGGACUCGGACUACGACCAGGACGACUACGACGAGGGCGCCAUCGUCUCCAGCGGCAGCAUGGCCUUCUCCAACCCCCGCAGCGGGCAGUGGUCCCCCGACUACCGCGGCUCGGUGGGCACCUACAACAGCUCGGGCGCGUACCGCUUCAGCUCCGAGGGGGCCCAGUCCUCGUUUGAGGACAGCGAGGACGACUUCGACAGGUUCGACACCGACGACGAGCUGUCGUACCGCCGGGACUCCGUCUACAGCUGCGUCACGCUCCCGUACUUCCACAGCUUCCUCUGCAUCAAAGGCGGCCUGAUCAACACGUGGAAGCGGCGCUGGUGCGUCCUGAAGGACGAGACGUUCCUGUGGUUCCGGGCCAAGCAGGAGGCCCUGAAGCAGGGCUGGCUGCACAAGAAGGGCGGCGGCUCGUCCACGCUGUCCCGCCGCAACUGGAAGCGCCGCUGGUUCGUGCUGCGGCAGAGCAAGCUCAUGUACUUCGAGAACGACAGCGAGGAGAAGAUGAAGGGGGUGCUGAACAUGCACGACGCCAAAGAAAUAAUCGACAACACCGGCAAGGAGAAUGGAAUCGACAUCGUGAUGCCGGAGAGGACGUACCAUCUGAUCGCAGAGUCUGCAGAGGACGCCAGCCAGUGGUUCAGCGUGCUGAGUCAGGUCCACGGCUCCACGGAGCAGGAGAUCAGGGAGAUGCACGACGAGCAGGCCAAUCCCCAGAAUGCCGUGGGAACGCUGGACGUGGGGAUGAUCGAUUCGGUCUGUGCGUCGGAUAAUCCGGAGAGACCGAACUCCUUCGUCAUGAUCACGGCGAACCGCGUCCUGCACUGCAACGCCGACACGCCGGAGGAGAUGCACCACUGGAUCACGCUGCUGCAGCGCUCCAAAGGAGACACGCGCGUGGACGGGCAGGAGUUCAUCAUCCGAGGCUGGCUGCACAAAGAGAUGAAGAACAGCAUCAAAGGCUCGCUGAAGCUCAAGAAGCGCUGGUUCCUGCUUACCCACAAUUCCCUGGACUACUACAAGAGCUCGGAGCGCCACGCGCUGAAGCUGGGCACGCUGGUGCUGAACAGCCUCUGCUCGGUGGUGCAGCCGGACGAGAAGUUCUACAAGGAGACAGGGUACUGGAACGUGAUCGUCUACGGCCGCAAACACUCGUACCGGCUCUACUGUAAGCUGCUGAAUGAGGCGACCCGCUGGGCCAACUCCAUCCAGAACGUCAUCGACACCAAGGCUCCCAUCGACACGCCGACGCAGCAGCUGAUCCAGGACAUCAGGGAGAACUGCCUGAACCUGGAGGUGGUGGAGCAGAUCUACAAGAGGAACCCCAUCCUCCGCUACAGCCACCACCCGCUGCACUCGCCGCUGCUGCCGCUGCCCUACGGAGACAUCCACCUCACCGCGCCCCGCAGCCGCAGCUACACCACGCUGCAGGACGAGGCCCUGCGCGUGUUCAGCUCCCUGCAGCACCUGGACGGCGUGGCCGACCCCGUCCCCAUCAUCCAGGGCAUCCUGCAGACGGGCCAGGAGCUGCGGCCGCUGCGGGACGAGCUCUACUGCCAGCUGGUGAAGCAGACGGCGCGGCCGCCGCAACCCGCCGCGCCCGCCAACCUCUGCAGCUGGAAGAUCCUGGCCUGCAUGUCCUGCACCUUCGCCCCCAGCAGGGGCGUCCUGCGCUACCUGCGCUUCCACCUCAAGAGGACUCGAGAGCUCUCCCCCGGCUCUGAGAUGGAUCUGUACGCCGCGUUCGCCCUGGACGCCCUGAAGAAGACCCGGGCCCGGGAGAACGUGCCGUCGCAGGAGGAGAUCCGCGCCAUCGUGGCCCGGCAGGACAUGAGCACCACGGUCCACUGCCACGGAGGAGGAUCCUGCAAGAUCACCAUCAACUCUCACACCACGGCUGGAGAGGUGGUGGAGAAGCUGAUCCGCGGUCUGGCCAUGGAGGACAGCAGGAACAUGUUCGCCCUGUUCGAACACAACGACGCCACAGAGAAAGCCAUCGAGAGCCGCACCGUGGUGGCAGACGUGCUCGCCAAGUUUGAGAAACUCUCAGCGCUCCCCGAUGAAAACGGCACCGGGUGGAAGUUUUACUUCAAACUGUACUGCUUCCUGGACACGGACAACGUCCCCAGGGACAGCGUGGAGUUCGCCUUCAUGUUCGAGCAGGCCCAUGAAGCGGUGAUCCGGGGUCAGUACCCGGCCCCUGAGGAGACGCUCCAGUUCCUGGCGGCCCUGAGACUCCAGUACCUCCAGGGCGACCACAACUCCCAGACCAGCGUCCCCGAAAUGUCCCUGGUGUUCCCCAUGGCGCGACUCCGGGCCCGGGUGCAGAACUCGGCCAAGACCUUCGCCCCGGGCACGGGCUCGGUGGCCGAGCGCUCGGGGACGGCCGAGAGGAAACGCUCCAGCUUCCUGGAGGGGACGCUGAGGCGGAGCUUCCGGAGCGGCUCGCUGAGCCGGCAGAAGCUGGAGGAGGAGAACAGCCUGGAGGCCUGGAUGAGGGAGGAGGCGGCGGCCGUGAAGGCCAGUCUGAUGGACAAGUGGAGGAAGCUGCAGGGCAUGAACCAGGAGCAGGCCAUGGUCAAGUACAUGGCGCUGGCCAAGGAGUGGCAGGGCUACGGGUCCACGCUGUUCAACGUCGAGAGUCAGGACGGGGCGUUCCCCACCGAGCUGUGGCUGGGCGUCAGCCGAGAGGCCAUCUCGGUGUACAAACGAGGGGAGCCGUGGCCCCUGGAGGUCUUCCCGUACGAGCAGAUCCUCUCGUUCGGAGCGCCGCUGCCCAACGCCUACAAGAUCGCCGUGGAGGACCGAGAACUGCUCUUCGAAACACAAAUGGUCAUGGACAUCGCCAAGCUCAUGAAGGCCUACAUCAGUAUGAUCGUCAAGAAGCGCUACAGCAACUGUCAGUCUGUCAGCAGCCACGGGAGCCAGUGCAGCGCCUGGUGAGGACCCUCAACCGCGCAGGGUCGCCCAAUCCUCGUCGGAUGUGACGAGUGCUGCAGACAAACGGUCCCAAAUGUUCAUUUCAAAACGUGACACAUCCACGUCUGAUCGGGAGUUUGAAAGGAUGUUCUGUCCGGUCCACGUUGGCCACGCCCCCUGCAAACAAGCCUGCAAGGUACUGAUGAUGUAUCGCCCAGGGGUGACGACAUGAAACUCCCAGACUACUAAAAAAAAAAAAAGCGAAUCAUUUAGUGAAAUCAGGCUCCGGAAAGAGUCUGGAGACAAAUCAACGAGCAGAACGUCCCCCGGGGGAAGCGUUGUGACGCAACACCGGACCGCUCUGGGUUCAACAAUCUAAAAGGAUGCGUUCUUUAGCAAUCGGUUCCUCCGUAAUCUUAAAAAAGUGUUUGAGGAACACUAAUCAGUGUUGGACGUGCACGGUGACGGGCUGCAGACGCUCAGGGACGCCCGCCCAGGUGGACGCGGAGCUGCAGGAUGAAACGGAGGACAUUUAAGGGCAUAACCUGCAGACGAAAACAUUUCCUCCUCGUCCAAAUACAACAAAUUCAAACUUUUUUCCUUAAUAAAAUACCAAAGAAGAAAAAUCAGCAGAAUGUUUAACCUUUUCUUGUUUUCUCACCGAGUCGGAGCGGCCUUUUGUAAAAAUGUGGACGCGUCUUGUUUUGGGAGAAAAGCGGCUCCAGGAAAAGUGUCCGAAUGUAUUUUCCUCUGCUUUGAGAAACUCUGGGACCUCUUUUCUUUUUUCCUUCUCCCCUCUAGGAUGAUGUAAAUAAUAAGCAGCUGUAUUCCUCUGGAGGUUGAUUGAUUGUUUGCCGAGGAUAAAGGGGGAGGGGGGUCACAAGUGCCUGUAUAAGCUGAAGCAGGAUGAGAUCUCGUCUUGUUGUUGCCACUGAUGUUUCUGUGUAACCGGAACCUGGAAGGUGCUCCAGUCUCCCCCUUUAACGUCCAGUAAACGGACGGUGGAGUUUAAGGAUUUAGCUUUUUUCCUCUCAUAAAGAAGAAAAAGAACCUAAAUGAUUGCAUUCUUUCACCAAACUGUGUAAUUAACUAUCGACUGCAGCCGUGCUCCUGCUGUUUGGAUCUACUCUUUUUGUUCCCACUUUGCGAGGCUCCAAAAAGCUUUCCGAGCGGCGCAUUAGUGCAGAGGCUCAAUACUCGGCGGACGCCGGCGCAGCCAGGCAGCUUUCAGCAUCAAUGACUUGUUCAGUUGGACCGUUGGCACGGUAACGUUCCCACAGCAUUUCACCGGAGCUCCGCGGGCGGCAGAUCCACCCAAAGAUGUGCAGGUUUCUUCCUCAGUGCCUUCCUGUAUAUUCUGUACACUUACUUUGUUUUGAAAGAGUGAUUUUGUUUUUUUUUAUUAUUGUUAUAAUGUGCAAUGUUAUAUAAAACAGUAUAUAUUAUAUACAUACAUAAUUAUAUUCAGAUAUAAUCAUGUGGCUGUACAUUUCAUACUGUAAGUCUCUGCCUUCUGAGUGAUUAUGACGCAGCUUUAUUGUGGUAUUUUUGGUCUUCGGUAGCUGUUUUGUGUUGAUCUGAUGAGUCAAAACAAUAAAGUGUAAAAUAUUUGGUCUGAAAUAGAUUUGUCUGUAAUUUUAUGUGACUUUUGCUGCAUUAAACUUUGACUUUGAA